AUGUCUCGACCGCCCUUCCCCGCCCAAGCCGUGCUCGACUAUCUCGGCCUACCUCGAGACUACACGCCCUCGCCAGAACAGGAGCCGGUCGAGUUCCUUUCCAAGCACCUCCAUGCGCUCCCUCCGCACCUGCUCGCACCCUUCUCGGCGAUCACGACCCCCAAACAGCGCACGGCGCUCGCGACGAUCCGCAACCGGCGCCUGCGGCACGUCCAGUCCGGGCCUCCCGAGCUGGCGUUCGACGCGUGCAGGCGGACGUGGCCGACGCUGUGGCACGGGCGCGAUCGGCGGUUCGGGCAGGUCGAAGGCGCGGACGAGGAGGCGUGGGCGCGGCGCGAGUUCAUGGGCGGCGCGAAGACGCACUUGGGUAAGCUCGGCACGCUCCUGGGGGGCUACGAAGAGGAACGGGAGUCGGAGAGGGUGCGGAUGCUCCGGAGAGUGCAGGCGGAGUCUACGCCGGAGGAAGAAGAAGACAGCGAAGACGAGGAAGACGAGGAGGUCGCGCCAGCGCCCCCACCCGAAGAAGAAGAAGAGGAGAGCUCCGAAGAGGAGAAGACGAAUUUUGUGCGGAUCGUGCAAGAGCGGUUCAUUUACGGGUUGCUCGACUCGGUGGACUAUGAUGCCGUCGACUGGAACGACGCGUUGGAUGCUGGCGAGGGGGAUCGAGAAGCCGAGGAACGGUGGUUCGAGGACGAGUCGGACACAGAUACAGCCCAUGUCGAGCGCUCGGACGAAUAUGAUUAUUGA